AUGGACAUGAAUUCUUACGAAUUGCAACGGCUUGAGAAUAUCAAGCACAAUCGGCAGGUGCUUAAAGAUCUCGAUCUUGAUAGAGUAUCUCGGGAUGCCUAUUCGGAAAAGAAACCCACGCGCAAGCGAAGAAAGGUCGAGACACCGCCUUCACGCGCCUCUGCCCGAAUUGCAUCUUCGACGAGGCCUAUCUACGAAAUUGAUGUCAGCAAGGAUGCGGAUGUUGAAGUCCAGAGGCGCAGGCCCAGGCAGGCGAAGACUCCUCCUCAAACGCACCUUCCUUCUGUCGCUCUUGGUCUCGACGUAGAGUCAAUACGUACUCGCUGGACAGAUUGGAUGCCUUCUGCACCGCCACCCACAAGAGACGAGUCUGGCACCUUCCAUUUCGCGUCGCAUCCGGAUUUUCUCCCAAAUAAGUCUCCAGAAGAAGUGCUCCGCGAGGGCUGCUUCGGCGGUUCAUACUUUCGUCCUCUGAGAUCUCAAAAGCUUAGUAUCAAGAUUGAAGACGACCACAAAGAGCUACCAGAUCCCUGGACUACUGGCCUUGACAUCUCAAGAUACCUGACUUCGCCAGACUAUAAUCCUGAUGUCAACAAAUUUAAAGUUGCGUGCGGCCAGAGCAUUGAAGAAUGGGAGGCUGCCGGUUGGAUCAAUCAUGACUACGAUGUCCGAGGCUGGUUCCAGUGGUAUAUACGGUUCUUCCAGGGUCGCAGAUGCGCAGAUGAUGAUAGACAAGUAUCAAGAUGGAAGAAAUGUGUUGGAGAAAGUGGACGCUGGAGGCGAAUGCUGCUGAAGAAGUACAGGGCGUUAGGGGUGCGAGAAGUGUUUGAUGACGGUACAGACGAGGAUGCGCCUGAAGUCAGUCCUGUGAUGCACCAGACAUGUCAUCAUUGGGCAUUCGAGGUCAGGCAGAAUGUUUUGGAUGAUUUUUGGUCGCAGCAGCGGUAA